GAGAGACACACAGAGGACCUGCGCUGAGGCCUUCAUCAUCACAUAGGUUUUUUUUUUCAUUAUUUUUACCCAUUUGGGACACACAUCUGCCUGCUACUGCUGACUUUUACAAUAAACUGUCAGGCAUCUGGCUGCAGAUAUGGCUGGCUGUCUGCAAAGUUUCUCACUUUGUAAAAAGUGGGAACUUUUAAGAUGCCUUUUUGUGACUUUUGCUCUCAGCCUCUGUUUUGAAUCAGUAGAUGCAGAGCCUUUUGACCCAGCUCACCUAUAUCACCAAAGAUCUGGACCUAAUGAAGACAACAUCAUUAUCGCUAACAAUGGGAUCAGGGUGCCUUUUGGAAGGUCUGUAUUUUUGGACCCUUUGAAUGACCUGGUAACAGAAGUGCAGCCUGGCGACCGCUGCCACAUCACUGUUUUGGACAAUGACCCACUGGCCCAGAAACCCGGCAUGCUGACCCCUAAAAAGUUCCCCUGUGCGUUUGGACCAGAUGAAGUGAAAUACACUCAUUUUGGAUCUCGGAGCCCGAGCAAAGACCGCGUGAAGCUGCAGCUCCGCUACGACUCCCAGACUGACACAGUUAUUGUCCCUUUUAUGCUGGAAGUGGAGGUGGUUUUCCAGCAGCUUGAGAUCCUCACCAGGAAUAUGCCCCUUAAUGUUGAGAAGCUCAGUGGUGACAGCAGCCCUAUUGACAAAAAGGCUCUGGAGUUCUCCUUUGAGGAUGGUGUCACACAGUGUAAGAUUACCACUCUGGUCGGCGCUGGAGGUCUCCCCAGGUACGGCACCCUUUUGAAUAAUCCCUCCAAUGGCCAAAUGAUUGACUGUGAUGAGUUUGUGCAACAGGGCAUCCGCUACAAGCAUACAGCUAAAACCAAGUCGCCAAACAGAGACUAUAUUCCAAUGAUGGUAGAGCUGCAGGAUAACGAAGGCAACACAAUAAUGCAAGAAUAUUUCCAAAUGAUGGUUAGAAUCAGAGAAGGUGCAGAAAACACAGCUCCUAAACCCAGCUUUGUAGCCAUGAUGAUGAUGGAGGUUGAUCAGUUUGUGAUGACAGCUAUAACAAGUGACAUGCUUGCUGCUGAAGACGUUGAAAGUGAUGCAGAUGAUUUGAUUUUCAAUAUUACUUCCCCUCUAAGCCAUGAGCAGGGUUAUAUCAUCAGCACCGAUGAUCAGAACUUGCCCAUCACCUCUUUUUAUCAAAGAGACAUCCGAGAUCUCAAAAUAGCUUACAAGCCACCCUCAGAGGACUCAGAAGUAGAGAGGAUAUUCCAACUAGAGUUAGAAGUUGUAGACACUGAUGGCGCUGUGUCUGAUACCUUUGCUUUUAUGAUUGUGGUGAAGCCGAUGAAUACCCUGGCUCCAGUUGCGACCAAAAAUACAGGGCAGCUAUUGUUUGAAGGGCAGUCCAGAGCUCUUUCCAGCUCACAGAAUUUAGAGAUUAGUGAUGAGGACAACCUUGAGGAUGUCAGAAUAACUGUGGUUGAUGGUUUAAAGCAUGGAGACCUGACCGUGCUUGGCACCCGCAGGAAAUUCUUUACACCCGCCGAUCUCGACGCUGGUAUUGUGGUGUACCAGCACGAUGGCAGUGAUACCUAUAGUGACAACAUUAUUUUUAGAAUGACUGACGGAAGUAAUGAAGUGGAGUUUUUGUUCCCCAUAACUAUUGCUCCCACUGAUGAUGAGCCACCGAUUAUCAAUGCAAACACUGGCCUGGUGCUUUUCAAGAGUGAAGUAAUGCAGAUCUCCCCCUUCAUCCUGAGUGCCACAGAUAUUGAUUCAGAAGACUCCACCAUUAAAUUUAUCCUGGAAGCUCCUUACUCCACAGUAGGUGAGCUCUUGCUGAGACAAGUGGAGCCUCCAUCUGACCCAUCUCUGUGGAAGUUCAGUGAGGCAGAUGAGAUGUUCGAGCAGGUGGUGACUGAGUGGUUCCAGCAGGAUAUUCUUGAUGGAAAGCUGUUCUACCGUCACAUUGGGCCGCAUAGCACAACCACUGUAAUCGAUCAUUUUGUUUUCCGGGUUCAGGAUGACAAUGACCCUCCUAAUCCAUCAGGGGAACACAUGUUUACUAUCAAAAUACAUCCCGUCGAUGACCUUCCCCCAGAGCUUCUUCCUGGUACCACCCUUCACAUGACUGUUCAAGAGUACGAACUGACACACUUUAAGAAGAAAUUCCUGUGCUAUACUGAUUUGGAUUCAGAUGAUAGGGACUUGAAGUACACCAUCAUUAAGUCUCCAACUGACACUGAUGAGAACAACCCAGCCCCCUUGGGUGAUAUUGUCCUGACUGACAGCCCUGACACUAUAAUUACUGAGUUCACACAGGCCCAGGUUAAUCACCAUAAAGUAGCCUACAAGCCACCAGACCAAGAGCUAGGCAUUACACCUAAAGUGGCUCAGUUCACUUUUAUUGUGGAAGACACUGCUGGUAACACGGUGGAUGGACUUUUUACCAUUUUCCUACAGCCAGUUGACAACAAACCACCAAUUAUCACUAACACAGGGUUCACUGUAAUGGAAAGCAGCACAUACAUCAUCACCAGGAAAGAGCUCCAUGCCACUGACACAGAUACAGAGGAUGAAAAUAUCGUCUUCACCCUGACCCAGAUUCCUGUGUACGGGCAGCUGCAGUACGUGGGGAUCGACAUGGCAAACGGUGAAACAUUUUUACUGGAAGACAUUGCAAAUGGGCGCAUAGCUUAUACCCACAGUGGAGAGGAAUCCCUGAGUGAUGCCAUUAAGCUUGAUGUCAGCGAUGGUUUCCAUGAGGUUCCCAUCACCAUUAAGAUUACCAUCGAUCCAAUUGAUGAUGAGAUUCCCACAAUUAUGCUCCCAGAGGGUCUACUUGGAGCAUCCAUUGAUGUGCUGGAAAAUGGUGCAACAGAGAUCACAAGUAAUGUCAUUCAGGGCCGUGAUGAAGACACAGAUGACCUUAUGCUCACUUUUAUUGUUGAAGACCCGCCAAAGCUCGGUGAAAUCCUGGUUCAUGGUGCUCCAGCUGAGCGAUUCACCCAGGCAGACAUCAUUAAUGGGGCAGUUGUGUACGCUCACACUUCAGGUGAAAUUGGACCCAUCAAAGAGCACGACUCUUUCAACCUCACCUUGUCUGAUUUGUCAGAUCAGUGGGUUGUUGGUGGAAACAAGGUUCAAGGGGUGACAGUUCAUGUCACCAUCCUUCCUGUUGAUAGCAUUCCACCUAUUGUCAUUGUUGGAGAGCAGUUUGUAGUAGUGGAAGGGGAGAAGAAUGUCAUUACCCCAAGCCACAUCCAAGCUGAAGAUAUAGACACUGAUGAUGAUGAUCUUCUGUGCACUAUCAUCGUCCAGCCAACAUCUGGUUACGUGGAGAACAUCUCCCCUGCAGCAGGUUCUGAGAAAUCCAGGGCCGGGACAGCAAUCACUGCUUUUAGCAUUAAAGAUGUUAAUCUUGGUCACAUUUACUAUGUACAAAGCAUCCACAAAGGGGUUGAACCUGUGGAGGAUCGCUUUACCUUCCGCUGUUCAGAUGGUAUUAACUUCUCUGAACGCCACUUCUUCCCUAUAGUCAUCAUUCCAGCCAAUGAUGAGAAACCUGAGAUUUUCAUCCGUGAGUUUGUGGUAAUGGAGGGCAUGAGUCUUGUCAUUGACACACCUAUUCUUAACGCAGCUGAUGCUGACAUCCCUGGGGACGAGCUGCACUUUGAGAUCAUCAAAAAUCCUAAACAUGGUUCAAUAGUUCAGCAGCUCAGCACUGGCACCAUCCCUGUGGAAAUUUUUGAUCUGGAACAAAUCAAAGAGGCCUCUAAUAUAGUUUAUGAACACGAUGACUCAGAGACCAAAGAGGACAGCUUUGAAAUCAGACUCUCAGAUGGUAAACACAAAGUUGAAAAAACUGUUCUUAUCAUGGUUAUUCCUGUUGAUGAUGAGACACCAAGAAUGGCUAUCAAUGAUGGUCUUGAUGUUGAGAUUGGAGAGACAAAAGUCAUCAGCAACAAGGUUCUGAAAGCAACAGAUCUUGACUCUGAAGACAAGGAGCUGACCUAUGUUGUUCGCUAUGGCCCAGGGCAAGGCUACCUUCAGCGUAUCAACAAGUUUGGCAAAGUUUUGGGCAACAUCACCCUUGGAAUGAACUUCACACAGGAUGAAAUUGACAACCAGCUAAUUCAGUAUGUACACACUGGCCAGGAGGGAAUUCGAGACCUGCUUAAGUUUGAUGUCACAGAUGGAAUCAAUCCACUUAUUGAUCGUUACUUUUACAUCAACAUUGGAAGCAUUGACAUGGUCUUUCCAGAUGUUAUCAACAAAGGUGUAACUUUAAAAGAAGGAGGGAAAGUAACUCUUACCACUGACCUGCUCAGCACCACUGACAUUAACAGUCCUGAUGAAUACCUCAGCUUUAGCAUAACAAGAGCUCCUAGUAGAGGACACUUGGAGAGCACUGACCAACCAGGUGUUCCCAUUUCCACCUUCACCCAACUACAGCUUGCUGGCAACAAGAUUUACUACAUCCAUACCUCAGAUGAUGAGAUGAAAAUGGACAGUUUUGAGUUUGAGGUGACGGAUGGCUUUAAUCCUGUCUUCCGUACGUUCAGAGUGUCCAUCACUGACGUAGACAAUAAAAAACCUGUCUUGACUAUAAACAAACUUCUUGUAGAUGAGGGAGAAACCAAGCUCAUCACACCAUUUGAGUUGACAGCUGAAGAUCGAGACACCCCAGAUAACUUGUUGCGAUUCAUAGUCACCCAGGUGCCAGUGCAUGGGCAGCUGCUUUUCAACAAUACCAAGCCAAUCACCACCUUUACCAAGCAGGACCUAAACGAGAAUCUAAUCAGCUACAAGCAUGAUGGUACUGAAUCAAAUGAGGACAGCUUCUCCUUCACUGUCACAGAUGGCACUCACCUUGACUUCUACAUAUUUCCUGACACUGUGUAUGAGACACGCAAGCCCCAGAUGAUGACAAUCCACAUCAACACUGUGGACAAUGGUGUGCCCCAGAUUGUGGUGAACAAAGCUGCUGCCUCCCUCAAGGUUCUCCCAACAGGUCACCUUGGCUUCCUGAUCACCAGCAAGUCCCUUCGGUCAGAGGACCGUGACAGUGCCCAGAAGGUGCUGAAGUACACGGUGUCAGAGGCUCCUCUGCAUGGCUUCAUCAUGAACUUAGCCCUGGGCAAUGACAGCGUCAAGACCUUCACACAAGCUGAUAUUGAUGACAUGAAGAUCUGUUACGUGCUUUUGGAUGGGAGCAAUGCCACGAGUGAUAUCUUCUACUUCACGAUUGAAGACAAUGGUGGAAACAAACUGAAGCCACAGCCAUUCAGACUCAACUGGGCCUGGAUCUCUCUGGAGAGGGAAUACUAUUUAGUGGAUGAAGAUGCCAAAUUCCUAGAGGUGAUACUCAAACGCAGAGGAUACCUGGGGGAAACCUCCUUUGUCAGUAUUGCUACUAAGGAUGGAACAGCCGAGAAGGAUAAAGACUUCCGGGGUAAAGCACAGAAGCAGGUCCAGUUCAAUCCCGGUCAGACUACGGCAACCUGGAAGGUUAAGAUCUUCACAGACCAGGAGUUUGAGACCUCAGAGACCUUUGAGAUUCAGCUGUCAGACCCAGUCAUGGCUGUGCUGGAGUUUCCUGACACUGCAACAGUUGAGAUAGUGGAUCCUGGAGAUGAAUCGACAGUCUUCAUUCCUCAAGCUGAGUUCAAGAUCGAGGAGGAUGUAGGAGAGCUUUUGGUGCCUGUUCGGCGAACAGGAGAUGCAAGCCAGGAACUCAUGGUUGUCUGUUACACUCAGCAAGCCACGGCCACCGGCACCAUCCCCAGCACUGUGCUGUCCUACUCUGACUACAUCACCCGACCAGAGGACCACACCAGCGUGCUGCGUUUCGACAAGGAUGAGCGAGAGAAACCCUGUCGCAUCAUUAUCAUUGACGAUUCCUUGUAUGAGGAGGAAGAGAGCUUUAAUGUCAGCCUCAGUAUGCCGAUGGGAGGAAAGGUGGGCGCCAAGUUCCCAAGUGCCAAGGUCACCAUCCUGGCAGACAGCGAUGAUGAGCCCUCUCUGUAUUUUGGAGAGCCUGAAUAUGUCGUUGAUGAAAGUGCAGGCUAUGUUGAGGUGAAGGUCUGGAGGACAGGCACAGACCUGUCCAAGACGACCACCGUCACCGUCCGCUCUAGGAAGAGCGAGCCCGUCUCUGCAGAAGCUGGAUUAGACUACGUCGGCAUCAGUCGAAACCUUGACUUUGCUCCUGGAGUGACCAUGCAGACGUUCAGAGUGACCAUCCUGGAUGAUCUGGGACAGCCAGAGUUGGAAGGGCCUGAGACUUUUGACCUGGUGUUGAGGAUGCCUAUGAAUGCUGUGCUGGGAGAACCGAGCAAGACCACCAUCACUAUCAAUGACACGGUUACUGACUUGCCAAAGGUUCAAUUCAAGGAAGGAAGCUACAAAGUAGAUGAGUCUGACGGAGAGGUGACGGCCAUAGUGUACCGCAGUGGAGAUAUUAACAUCCAGUCCACGGUGCGCUGCUACACUCGUCAAGGCUCUGCUCAGGUCAUGAUGGACUACAGUGAAAGACCCAACACUGACGCAUCAGUUAUCACUUUCCUGCCAGGUGAAACUGAGAAGCCUUGCGUGGUUAACCUGAUGGACGACUCGGUUCAUGAAGAGGAUGAGGAGUUCAGACUUGUGCUGGGAAGUCCAAAGAGCAAGUCUCCAUAUGGAGCUCUAGUAGGGGAGCAGAAGGAGGCGCUGGUUACAGUCACAGAUGAGAAAGACAAGCCCAUUAUCCGUUUCUCUGAGAUCAAGUACAGUGUGCGUGAACCUCAAGUCAAAGGAGAUAUCGCCAUACUAAAGAUUCCCAUCCUGCGUGUUGGAGAUACCUCCAAGGUCUCAGUGGUGAGAGUGCACACUAAGGAUGGAUCUGCAACCUCCGGAGAAGACUACAACCCCCUGUCAGAGGAUGUUGAGUUCAAAGAAGGCGAGAAAGAGCACUUUGUGGAGAUAGAGAUCCUGUAUGAUGGUCAGAGAGAGAUGAGAGAAGCCUUCACUGUACACAUGAAGCCUGAUGACAACAUGGUGGCUGAAAUACAGAUGAACAAAGCCAUCGUGUACAUUGAGGAGAUGGACAGCGUGGCCGAUGUCACCUUCCCAGCUGUGCCUCAGGUGGUCUCUCUGCUGAUGUAUGAUGAUACAGCUAAAACCAAAGACAAGCCAAACCCUCCCAAUGGAUACCCUGUUGUGUGUGUGACGGCUUGCAACCCCAAGUACCACGACUUUGAUAAAACCGGCUCCAUCUGUGCUGCAGAGAACAUUAACGACACUCUCACUCAGUAUCGCUGGCUCAUCAGCGCUCCAACGGGGUCAGACGGAGUGACUAGCCCCAUGAGGGAGGUGGACACUAAUACUUUCUUCACCAACACCAAGUCUAUCACUUUGGAUUCGAUCUACUUCCAGGCCGGUUCAAGAGUUCAGUGUGCAGCUAGAGCCUUCAAUGCUAAUGGAGACUCUGGCCUGGAGCUUUCUAGCCCCAUUGUGAUUGUCAGCAAGGAUGAAGGCAUGUGUCAGCCUCGCAUCCAAGGCACUGUUGGAGCUGAGCCAUUUUCUGCAAAGAUCCGCUACACUGGUCCAGAUGAUCCAGACUUCCCCAACCUCAUCAAACUGACUGUCAACAUGCCCCACAUGGAUGGCAUGCUCCCGGUGAUCUCCACAAGACCCCUGUCCAACUUUGAGCUCACCCUGAGCCCAGACGGCACACGUGUUGGCAACCAUCGCUGCUCCAACUUGCUCGACUUCAAUGAGAUCCAAACCAGCCACGGCUUCAUCACAGACGCAACAAAGAACCCUGAAAUCAUCGGAGAGACUUCACCAUACCAGUACAGCAAUAUCAUGCGCUCAGCCAACUCGCUGCGCUUCUACAGGAACCUCAACUUAGAGGCCUGUCUGUGGGAGUUCACCAGCUACUACGACAUGUCAGAGCUGCUGAAUGACUGUGGAGGCUCCAUUGGUACUGAUGGACAGGUGCUGAACCUGGUCCAGUCCUACGUCACCCUGCGUGUUCCUCUGUUUGUUUCCUACGUCUUCCACUCUCCUGUGGCUGUGGGAGGCUGGCAGCACUUCGACCUGCAAUCGGAGCUCAAACUCACUUUUGUGUAUGACACGGCCAUUCUGUGGCAGGACGGCAUCGGCAGCCCACCUGAGGCUGAGCUACAAGGAGCCAUGUACCCAACCAGUAUGCGUAUAAAUGAGGAGGGACGUCUGGUGGUUAACUUCAAGACAGAGGCUCGCUUCAGGGGACAGUUUGUCAUGUCUCAUCCAGGAACCAGCGUGUCAUCCAUGGUGAUGUGUGCCGACCACCCUGGGCUGACUUUUACUCUCUCCCUGGUCAGGACUGAGCCCACUUACAACCAGCCCAUGCAGCAGUGGAGUUUUGUCUCUGACUUUGCUGUACGAGACUACUCAGGGACGUACACAGUGAAGAUAAUCCCCUGCAUUGCAUCACCUAAUGGGGAGUUCAGCAUCCCUCCUGUGUGCCAUCCAAGAGAGCCGCUUACGUUUGACAUGGACAUUCGCUUCCAGCAGGUGAGCGACCCCGUUGCAGCUGAAUUUAGCCUCAACACUCAGAUGUUCCUGCUCUCUAAGAGGGAGUUGUGGUUGUCUGAUGGCUCCAUGGGCUUCGGAGAAGGGACUGAUGCUGCUUUCUCAGAUGGCUCCACUAUCUAUGGUCGUGUGAUGGUGGACCCAGUCCAGAACCUGGGUGACUCCUUCUCCUGCAGCAUCGAGAAAGUGUUUCUCUGCACUGGAGCUGACGGCUACGUCCCCAAGUACAACCCCACAAACAAGGAGUAUGGCUGCCUGGCAGAUUCUCCCUCUCUGCUUUACAGAUUCAAGAUCCUGGACAAAGCCCAGCCAGAGACUCAAGCUACAGCAUUUGGUGAUGUUGCCUUUAAGGCCACUCUGGCUUACGACACACCUGGUGCUCUAUCUUUGGUCAGACAACCAGGGUCAGAUGGCUUCACACUUUCCUCAUCUCCACUUUUCCAGGUGGCUGCUGGUCGAGAAUGGUUCAUCCACACUAUUUACACAGUCCGCUCCAGAGAAAACGCAAACCGCAACAUCGGAAAGCGCAGCCUGGAGUACUUGCAUCACAGUGUGUCUUCUUUUGACCAGCAUGAGAACUCCAACACGGCCAUCAGCCGCCACCGCCGUGCCGCCCCCGCAUUCUCUAGUCCCUCUCUGAUCCAGGAAAUCGGUGUGGAAAACAACCGAGGCACCAACAUCCAGCACAUCGCCUUGGACCGAGCUGACCGCAUGGUGGUCAACCAGCGCCAGCCUUGGUCUCCAAACCGUGACUCCUUCCCAGAGCGCCCUCUGCUGGAGAGUUCUGGCAGAGAGCCUGUUGACUCCUCCACCCUGCCCAUGUUGGUGGGCCUUGCUGGUCUCAUCCUCCUCAUCUGCCUCAUUGCCACCAUCGUCAUCCUGCUGCUGCGGCGUAAGAAGAGGGAAAAGAAGAGCCAGUUGCCUCCUUACGCCACCUCCUCGUCUUCUGCAUACAACGGCUACAGCCAAAGCUCAGCAAGUAUGUGGGGCAACUUGGACAGCUCUGAGGUCUAGAUGAGGUCUCUAUCCACCUUAAACACCGCCCCCCUUUUUAAAGACUAUGAUAGUCUCCUCCACCAUUGUGCCUUCAAAGCCCAAAUUUUGUAGCACUGAAAAGCGCCCAGAACAACCUGUGGACAGCACAAACGUCAGUGCUUUGGGCAUAAAUGCAGAGAAUGCACCAGUUUAUCCGAGUCAUACUGAUCUCUGAUAAAGGUUAGUUCUUGCUCAAAUGUACUGUAGGAUUUUUGCAAUCUGUUGUGAUAUAUGGAUGUAUGUGGAAAGCCUGAAAAUGGUUGCCAAGUUGUAGAAAAUCCUGCUUUAUCUAAUGGAUGCAAAUGCAUGAAAAUCCCAUUUUAGUUAGGGCAAUUAUUUCCAAAAGAUUUUUUUUAUUUCAUGUAAGAAUUUUAUAUGUUCCUCCUUCAAAGAAUUUGGUUUACUAAAUUUUUAUGACUGAAAUUUUAAGGUGAGAGAAGAGGAAAAUGGACUGAAUGUUAGUUGACCUAAAUGAAUGACGUUAUUUUUUAGUAUUGAUAUUUUACUCGUGUUCAAAAGCCUGCAGUCUAACUAUCCACUGCUGAGUUAAAGUAGCAAUAAAGGAUCAUUGAAAGGGAUUGUAAAUUUCAUUUUAGCUUUUUAGAAUGCAGAAAUUUCCUUUUUUUAAACCCUUUUUAGGUCAAUGAGGCUGAAAUCAUAUGCAAAAGUUUCUGUGUACAUAUCAGUGUCUAUGAGGAAAGGUAUUAUUACACCCUGGUAAAACUUGAAAAUAUGAACUGUUUCUGGUUUGUUGAUCCAAGUCCUGAAAAAAUAAGUGCAGUAAAAGUGAUAUUUUUAUCUCCUGCAGCUGACAGUAUCUUUUAAUGUGCCAAGUGUUAGUGGAAUUUUAUGGCUUAUUCAUUUGUGACAAGAGUUUGGAUGUAUUUACACUUCAUCUGCCAAAUAUAAAUGUCCUUUUUUGA